GCCCCCCACCUUGGGGCAGGUGAGCGGCGGCCAAUGGGCGAGCGCGGGGCAGGUGCCCGCUAACUCUCUCCUAGCAGAGCAGCAGCGGAGGCCCAGCCCGGCAGUGCUAGGAGGAUCGCGGGCAGGGGUCGGUCGCGGCGUGACUUGUAAAGGAGAGGGCCAGGAGGACCGCUGAAGCGACUCACAGUAGCGCACGCAGCCCGAGCCGGGGCGGUUGCCGAGAGCUGCCCACUGGGCCGCGGGUACCACGCUCCUGGCCGUGCGCAGUGGCUCAACUCGGUGCUAGGACUCUCGCACGCCCCUCGCCGCUCCGCGCCAGGCUCGCCCGCAAGGGCCGAGCGCGGGCGGGCGGGCGGGCGGGGGAGGUGAGGAGUGCGGGCGUGAGUGCAUGUGCUUGGCUCAGUGCACACCCCGCAGGGCGGCAGCGCCGGGGAACCAGGCGCUUCCCAGAGCCCCGCUACCUCGCUCCGCUUCGGCGGCCGCGAUCAUGUUCCAGCCUGCGGCCAAGCGGGGUUUCACCAUAGAAUCCUUGGUGGCCAAGGAUGGUGGCACGGGCGGGAGCCCUGGCAGUGGGGGCGCGGGCUCCCAUCCGCUGGCAGUGGCAGCCUCAGAGGAACCGCUCAGGCCCACGGCGCUCAACUAUCCUCACCCCAGUGCGGCCGAGGCGGCUUUUGUGAGUGGCUUUCCGGCCGCUGCAGCCGCGGGCGCCGGUCGCUCGCUCUACGGAGGGCCCGAGCUUGUGUUCCCCGAGGCCAUGAACCACCCGGCGCUGACGGUGCACCCGGCGCACCAGCUGGGCGCCUCCUCGCUGCAACCCCCUCACUCUUUCUUCGGCGCCCAGCAUCGGGACCCUCUCCACUUCUACCCCUGGGUGCUUCGGAAUCGCUUCUUCGGCCACCGCUUCCAGGCAAGCGACGUUCCCCAGGACGGGCUGCUUUUGCACGGGCCCUUCGCACGCAAGCCCAAGCGGAUCCGCACGGCCUUCUCGCCCUCGCAGCUGCUGCGGCUGGAGCGAGCCUUCGAAAAGAAUCACUACGUGGUGGGCGCCGAGCGGAAGCAGCUGGCUGGCAGCCUCAGCCUCUCCGAGACGCAGGUGAAGGUGUGGUUCCAGAAUCGGAGGACAAAAUACAAACGGCAGAAGCUGGAGGAGGAGGGGCCUGAGUCCGAACAGAAGAAGAAGGGUUCUCACCACAUCAACCGGUGGCGUAUCGCCACGAAGCAGGCCAACGGGGAGGACAUUGAUGUCACCUCUAAUGACUAGGGGAAUAAUCAUGAGCCCACAAGGGCAGAGUAUUGCUUGCUGCUGGCCAGGGCCCCAGGGGCCCAAGCUGGACUCUGGCCAGUCCCUAGCCAGGCUGCAGGGAGGCCUCGAGUCACGGCCCCACAGGGCUUGGAGCCUGGGGCCAGCACUGUCAGAGGGACAAGAAAAUGGGCUGAGGCCUGGGGCUGCUCAGCCUUCCAGUGGAGAGCCUGCUGCUUGGAUGGGCCACCCAUCACGCAGCCUCCCAGCUGCUCUCCGUGUCUCUUUCUGUCUUUGUUUUGAGACUUUCUGUUUUAAUUUAUUUUCCAGGUACCCUGCUAUAGUUCUUAGUGAUCCUCUCAUGUCCCCUUCCCUAUGGGAAUAAUAAAAAUCUCUCUCUUAAUGACA